GUCUCUAAAAAAGACAGAAAUAAUCAAGAGACUCCUUAUUUUGAUGAAUUUCCUCUGCAAGAGUUGGUGACCAAGUGGUUUGUAAAAGAUGUCAUAGCAGUGAAAGAAACAACCUUCCAAAGUCGGUCAUUUUCCACCCCUCUAACAGCAACAAGUAGAAGGAUACUUAAACAGUAGUAAAUCAGCCCUGGGGUUCUGUGCUUUGGCCAACACAGCAAAUCUGGUUGUAGUUUUCCAGACACUUUGGGACAGAGGACUUAUUUACCCACUAUGGGUAGCUGUAGAACUUACAUGAGAGUACUAUGCAUCACUUUGAAUGUACUGCUUCUGGCAUUUGGAGUGUUUCUGUUUGUAGUGGGGAUUAAAUACAGCUUCCAACACCCUCCUGAGUUUGACCAGCAGAGUACCCUCCAUGAAAUGUACGUACUGAAUGUGUUUGGACCCAUCACUAUGCUAUUCUCUGUCCUGGGAGUUUAUGCUGCUUACAGAGACAAGAGAAUACAGCUUAUACUGUAUGCUGCUUUUAUGACCUGUGAAUUCAUAGCCAUCAUAAUUGUAGCUGUGCCAAUGGUUACUGCCCAACCCAAGAUGGAGGAGAUUCUGGACAGAAGGUUUGAAUCUGUGCCUCCGCUUUACAGUAGUGAACCCCAGGUCCAGAUGGAGCUUAACAAACUCCAGGCAUCGGAUCAAUGCUGUGGACUCCGUGGCCACUCAGACUGGGGUUGCCACAUUCCAGUCACCUGCUACUGUCCUCAACUCUCUGCAGUCGAUGGUUUAUGUGAGACUGUAAACUCAAACUGCCAACUCAAUAAUGCAAAAGGACAAAAUACAACUAGAUUGUCACAGGAGCUCUGGGUGUACAGAAAGCCUUGUGGUCCCAUCCUCAAGAGACACAUGAACUUCCUGAUUCAGAUAAUGAUUGGAUUCAUCUCUACAUUUGCAACCGUUAUGAAUAACAGCACUGUCGAGGUUCCAUCCUACCUUUUUAUAUUGCUGUCAUAUUACUGUCUGUGGUAUUGCUGACCCUUCAACCUCGCUCUGCAGAGCCAGCACUCAACGACAAUUUCGACAGAGUCAAGAAUCAACUCAGCCCCCUUGCAAUCACCUAAUCUCACCUGACCCCACCACUCUCUCCACAAGAGGCGAAGAUGAUUAGUAAAAAAUGUACUGAGCAGCGGCAACAGUGAAUAUCGACACUGUUCCAGGACACGCAUAUUUUAUUUCACUGUGUAUAGAAAUGAAAACAGUAUUUUAAGUGGAUGCCUUGCUAUUGUGGGAAUCAGCCUGUGUCACAUCACAGAAAGUGUUUCUCAACUCACCACUUCCUUGUUGUACUGUGUCAGACCGUGCACCAGUGGUUGAUUUUGGUUUUCUUUUCUCACAACAAAUUUCUUGUCAGGAAACAACCAACGUAUACUAAGAUUUAAAAGAAGAACUGUCAAAAGAAUUAAGAAACCAUUGCACCUUUUUCUUUCCUUUCCAGAAAAGGAACAGAAGUGUUCAAUUUUCAGUGGUUUCUUAAGGAAAGGAAAAAGUGAAGUGGUCUCUUAAUUUUUUCCAGAGCUGUAACAGUGAGGUUUAUAUUAGAUAACCUCUGAGAGUACAGCAUAUUGUAGUAGAAUUUACAAAUGUAGUCCUUACGGUUCGAUUAUGAUGUCUGUUGGAUCUGGACUUCUUUGCACAACUAAAUACUAAGCCUGCUAAUUAUAAUAUAUGAAUCAGGUUUUGCUAGACCAAUAAUCUAAAUUUGUUUUAUUCUAAUAGGACAAAAGUGAAUGGUCUAUUAUGAAUUUUAAGAUAAGCAGAGAGCUUGUUUUGUGUAGGGUCUGGUUGUCAAGGCACUUUCUGAAAAUAAUUUAGAACAACAUUUUUGUAUUUAGAUAUAGAAUUUUUGUCCCCAUUGAUAACCACCUAGACCACAUCCUGCCUCUGUGCUGUUCACAGGAAUUUCCUUGUUUUAAAUAUACUCUUUCAGGGUCUCACA